AUGCUCCCCACACUCCUUACCGUUUUCCGCCGCGAUUGCAAUGGCGACGAAACCAUGUCCAGCUGCACAAAGCCCACCAGCUCAGCAAUCACGGUCGGCAUUCCCGCCGCCAUAUCAGGGGUUAUUUUCCUAACCGCCAUGAUCGUCCUGAUAAUUCUCCGCCGCAGGCGCAUACAGUUCGAGAACCGUGAGGAUCUAGAAGAUCGCAAACGCAAGUCGGGUUUCUAUGCUCGCUACGCGACACAGCGAUUCGGCACUGAGGGAGCACCACCAUCGAAUGGGCGUGCCAAUGCUCCCAACUCGCGGCGCGACUCCGACGACUCGCUCUUUGAUUUUAAGGAGGAUUAUGGACCCUAUCACCUUGCUCCAAUCCCGAGUCCUGAGGCGCCGAAGCCUGUGGCUACUAGGACUGUUGUCUAG